UUCUCUCUCAUUCUUGAGACUGAAUUUGAAGUUGAAGGUCAAGGGAAAAUGGCCCAUUACCAUACAGACUAUGAAAAGAACGAUGAAGUGGAGUUUGUCCAAACUGGCUAUGGGAAGGAUAUGGUGAAAGUUCUCCAUAUUCAACGAGAUGGAAAAUACCACAGCAUCAAAGAGGUGGCAACUUCAGUGCAACUGACUCUGAGAUCCAAGAAAGAUUACCUACAUGGCGAUAAUUCUGACAUCAUCCCUACAGACACCAUCAAGAACACAGUACACGCCUUGGCGAAGCUCAAAGGGAUAAAAAGCAUAGAGGCCUUUGCUAUGCAUAUCUGCAAGCACUUUCUUUCUUCCUUUAACCAUGUCACCCGAGCUCACGUUUAUGUGGAAGAGGUUCCUUGGAAGCGCUUUGAGAAGAAUGGAACCAAGCAUGUGCAUGCGUUUAUUCACACCCCCACUGGAACCCACUUCUGUGAGGUGGAGCAGAUGAGGAAUGGACCUCCAGUCAUUCAUUCCGGAAUCAAAGACUUGAAGGUUCUGAAAACAACCCAGUCUGGAUUUGAAGGAUUCAUUAAGGACCGGUUCACCACUCUCCCUGAGGUGAAGGACCGGUGCUUUGCUACUCAGGUUUACUGCAAGUGGCGCUACCAGAGAAGAGAUGUGGACUUCGAGGCUACGUGGGGCACUGUUCGGGACAUUGUCCUGAAGAAAUUUGCUGGCCCCUAUGACAAAGGCGAGUACUCGCCCUCUGUCCAGAAGACACUCUACGACAUACAAGUGCUCUCCCUGAGCCAGAUUCCUGAGAUUGAAGAUAUGGAAAUCAGCCUGCCAAACAUUCACUACUUUAACAUCGACAUGUCCAAAAUGGGAUUGAUUAACAAGGAAGAGGUCUUGCUGCCACUAGACAAUCCAUAUGGCAAAAUCACAGGGACAGUCAAGAGGAAGCUGUCUUCAAGGCUCUGACAUUGCAGCCACCAACAGGAAUCCACUGGACUGAAGAGCUCUUUGUCACCUGUGAUGCUGGGGAUUACAUCAUGUUUCCCUGUACAAAUUUCAACCUAGGCUAUUGACUGUUUACUUCCUCUGGAUUACCUUAGUAAUUACAAUACUUUCUAUGAUAUGGGUAGUUUACUUUAAAGAUGCUGAACAGUGUCAGCAUAACCCCAAUGUUUCUGUUUGGUUGUUUUGUGCCUUUCUGCCUUAGAAUCAGUCUUUAGAAUCAGCUCAUGAAGAAAAAAAGUCAUGAAUUAGCGACAAUGCCACCUCAAUUUGAACAUGAGUUUUAAGAAGCAAACAUUGCUCUGGGAGGUGCAGAAAAUACAAUAAAAUCAUGUGAAAAUAUCAUUAUUAUGAUUCCAGUUGACUGAAUAUUUGAAUGUUAAAAACCCUUUAGCAUAUGUAUCAUUGGUAGUUUAUUUCUACCCUAAUGAUAAUUUCAUGAUCAUGCUGUGUUGCU